AUGGCUAUGCACGUACCAAGAGCACCCGGUUUCGCUUCUAUGAUGAAAGAAGGAGCAAAAUAUACGCAUGGUCUUGAAGAAGCUGUCUAUCGUAAUAUAAAUGCUUGCAAAGAAUUAAGUGAAACAACAACAUCAAGUUUUGGUCCUAAUGGUUUAAAUAAAAUGGUUAUAAAUCAUAUUGAAAAAUUAUUUGUUACAAAUGAUGCCGCAUCAAUUCUUCGUGAAAUUGAUGUUGUUCAUCCAGCAGCAAAAAUUUUAAUGUUAGCAAGUGAUAUGCAAGAAAAAGAAAUUGGAGAUGGAACAAAUUAUGUUAUUUUGUUUGGAGCUAAAUUACUUGAGAAUGCUGAAAGUCUUCUUCGUAUGGGUUUAUCACCGAGUGAAAUAACUGAUGGAUUUAAUUUAGCAUUAAAAAAAACAUUAGAAUUACUUCCAACAUUUGAAAUCAAAGCUAAUUUAACAAAAGAAAAUUUACGUGAUAAUGAACCAAUUGUUUCAAAAGUUCUUCAAACAGCUAUUGGAAGUAAAUUAUUUGGUUAUCAUGAAUUUUUAGGUGAAUUAGUAACAAAAGCAUGUUUAACAGUAACUGGAAGUGAUUCAUCCGCUUCAUUUAAUGUUGAUAAUGUUCGUAUAUGUAAAAUCUUAGGUGGAGGUUUAUUUCAAUCAACAAUGAUACCCGGCAUGGUAUUAAAACGUGAAGUUGAAUCUGAAAUAACACGAGUAAAUCAAGCACGAAUUGCUGUAUUUAGUUGUCCAAUUGAUAUACAAGUAACAGAAACAAAAGGAACAGUAUUAUUAAAAUCAGCUGAUGAAUUAUUAGCUUUUUCAAAAGAUGAAGAAGCAAGUAUUGAAUAUCAAAUUAAAGCUUUAGCUGAUAUGGGUAUUAAUGUUAUUGUUAGUGGAGGUAAAGUUGGUGAAAUGGCACUUCAUUUCUUAAAUAAAUAUAAAAUAAUGACUGUACGUUUAAUGUCGAAAUUUGAUUUACGUCGUGUUGCAAAAACAAUUGAUGCUGUUGUUUUACCAAAACUUCGUGCACCAACACAUGACGAAAUUGGUGCUUGUGAUUCAAUUUAUGUUGAUGAAAUUGGUGAAACACAUGUUAUCAUUUUUAAACAUGAAAAAUCACAUAUUUCAACAAUAAUUUUACGUGGAUCAACUGAUCAAAUUCUUGAUGAUUGUGAACGAGCUGUUGAUGAUGCUGUUAAUAAUUUCAAAGCAUUAACACGUGAUACAAUGUUAUUACCAGGUGGUGGUGCAACAGAAAUUGAAUUAGCAUCAAAACUUUCGGAAUAUGCUCGUACAUGUCCUGGAAUUGAACAAUAUGCUAUUCAACGUUUUGCUGAAACAUUUGAAUUUAUACCAAAAAUUCUUGCAGAAAACUCAGGUGUUAAAAGUACAGAAAUUUUAGCUAAACUUUAUGUUGGUCAUCAUGAUAAUCCUAAUUUGGGUUUUGUUAUUGGACAAAUUCAAUCUGAAGCAACACAAUCCAAUGAUAUAACAUAUGAUACAGGUGAUGUGAAAUUGAAUGAAUUAUAUGAUUUAUAUUUAACAAAAAAAUGGGCAAUUUUAUUUGCAACAAAAGCUGCUUGUACGGUUUUAAGUGUUGAUGAAAUUAUUUGUGCUAAACCAGCUGGUGGACCAAAACCAAAGGAAAACAAAGGAUGGGAUAAUGAUGAUUAA